UUGUCUCGGCAGUCUUGUCGAUGUUUCUUCUACGGUUAUCGUUCUUAUCAGUUGCCUAGUGGCCGCCGCUAGUUAAUGAAUGUCCCAAGAUAAUUUUUUGUGAUUAGUUCCGUGCAUCACGUGUGUCAUGUCUUCGAGUUCGAACAAUAACACAAAAAUUAAAAGUAAACAGUUUGAAAAAGUCUUUAAAAUACGCAACUCUCCAUUGACGGACCGCUUUGAAAACAGUGAAGAUAUCAAAACAAUUUAUAAUUUGUUCGCGAUAAUUCUUAUCAGCUUGUUGACCAACACUGUAAUACAUGAUUAUUCCAAGACCGGCCAGUUACAUUUCGGGUUGAGACUCAUUGUGAGAGGAUUUAAUAAAUUUGGUUGGGUUGUUGCGAUUUGGGGAGUUUUAAAUGUUUUGGCCCUCGCGCUAUUCAGCGUGUUCAAGUUUUGGGCCAAAAUUUAUCUAAUUCUACAACCAAAAAGUCAAAAAUUCUGGAACAAGAUAUGGGUCACAACGCUGAUUUUGUACUACGUCCUGUCGUUAUAUUCCAUUCAAAAAGGGGUCGAUUUUAUGGAGUUUGCGCCCGGAUCUGCGGCCGUUUUAUUCCUCGAAGAAGUCCGACUUUUAAUGAAACAGCACGCUUUCAUCCGAAGAAACGCCCCCAAAGUCAAUCAAUACAAGCCUCACAGCGACACAAAACUAAUCCUCCCAACGUUCCAAAAUUUCUUUUAUUUUCUCUUCGCCCCUACGUUUGUCUACAGGGAUGAAUACCCCCGGACUAGGACGAUACGUUGGGGUUUCGUUCUAUACAAUUUAGGGGAGGUUUUGGGCAUAAUUUGGCUGUUGAGCCUCGUCGUGGAGCGAUUCCUAGUGCCCCCAUUCGAGGACAUUUGCAUCAGGAAAUACACUUUGAGCGAAAUUGUGAUUCCGGUGGUUGCAAAUUCGUUCCCUGGAAUUUUAUUCAUGUUGUGUGGAUUUUACUCGGUUUUGCAUUCAUUUCAGAAUGCUUUUGCCGAAAUGCUCAGAUUUGGAGACAGACUUUUUUACAAGGAAUGGUGGACGUCUAGGUCACUUUCAGAAUACUAUCGAACGUGGAAUGUAAUAGUGCACGAUUGGUUAUUUAUCCACAUUUAUAAAGACGUGUAUGAAAUAGUUGUCCCCAGGAACAAAAUGGCGGCUAAAUUGGCCGUUUUUCUGAUUUCAGCACUGGUGCAUGAAUGGAUUUUGACACACGUUUUAAAAUUAUUUCUUCCAAUUCAAUUCAUUGAAUUUUUUAUCGCGGGAGCCGUUUUAGCUCUAUUCAACAUUUUGGACUUGUCCGUUGGUAAUUUAUUCGUUUGGUAUUUGAUGGUUUUUGGGUCAGGAAUGCAGGUCAAUUUAUACACACUUGAAUUUUUUGCACGUGCAAACUGCCCUUUGGAGACAAACACUACGAUUGAUUUCUUGAAACCUAGAUUUAUUACAUGUGGUUGUAUUCUAUAAUUUUUAAUGCAAAAAUACAUUUAUAUUUUAUUA